UGUGGUGGCUGCAGUGGCAAGAUGGCGGCGGAGAGGAAGCUGCUGGGCGCUGACCGGGGGGAGGCACCGGGAGUUGGGGGCGAAGAGGACGAGGGGCAAAGCUUGUGGUCAUCUAUUCUCAGCGAUGUUUCCACCAGGGCAAGAACAAAAUUACCUUAUGGCAAAAACAUACUGGUACUUGGCGAGGAUGGAUCAGGAAAGACCACUCUUAUGGCGAAACUACAAGGAACAGAGCAUAGUAAGAAGGGAAGAGGGCUGGAAUAUUUGUACCUGAAUAUACACGAUGAAGACCGGGAUGAUCAAACCCGUUGCAACGUGUGGAUAUUAGACGGAGACUUGUACCACAAAGGCCUUUUAAAGUUUGCGCUGUCAGCGGAUACGAUCAGGGAGACUGUGGCCAUGUUCGUGGUGGACAUGUCCAGACCCUGGACUGUUAUGGAGUCGUUGGCGAAGUGGGCCGGCGUGUUACGGGAACACAUAGACAAACUGAAAAUUGCCCCCGAGGAAAUGCGGGAGCUGGAGCAGAAGAUUAUUAAAGAUUUCCAGGAGUACGUGGAACCGGAAGGUUUACCUGAAGGGUCGCCGCAGAGAAGGGGACCUACAGCUACUGGGACAGAAGAUGACAGCAUCAUCCUUCCACUCGGUGACAACGUUCUCACUCACAACCUCGGCAUUCCUGUGUUAGUCGUCUGCACCAAGUGUGAUGCAGUGAGUGUGUUGGAAAAAGAGCACGACUACAGCGAGGAACACUUUGAUUUCAUUCAGUCGCACAUCCGGAGCUUCUGCUUGCAGUAUGGCGCUGCCUUAAUUUAUACGUCCGUAAAGGAAGAGAAGAACUUGGAUCUACUGUACAAGUAUAUCGUACAUAAAGCGUACAAUUUCUACUUCAACAGUCCUGCCUUAGUGGUGGAGAAGGACGCUGUCUUUAUUCCUGCUGGUUGGGACAACGAGAAGAAAAUUGCAAUUUUGCAUGAAAAUUUCACAACUGUGAAACCAGAAGAUGCCUAUGAGGGUUUCAUCUCGAAGCCUCCAAUAAGAAAGCUUGUCCCGGAUAAGGAGGUGGCAGCAGAAGACGAGCAGGUGUUUCUCAUGAAGCAGCAGUCUAACCUUGCAAAGCAGCCGGCCACCCCUACGAGAGCUUCUGAAUCUCCAGCGCGGGCUCCUACAGGAUCCCCUAGAACUCCGGGUCGCUCUGGCACCACCACCGUACCCAGCUCCUCGCCGAUGGCGGCAGUAAAGAAACCAGAUCCAAAUAUUAAAAAUGCCGCUGCCAGCGAAGGAGUCCUGGCCAAUUUCUUCAACAGUCUCCUGCAUAAAAAGACAGGGUCCCCAGGCAGUCCGGGGGGGGCCGCCACGCAGAACGCACAAGGAUCAGCCAAAAAAACAGGACAGAAACCUGUACUGACCAACGUCCAGGACGAGCUGGACCGGAUGACCCGCCAACAGGACACUAUGUUAGCCAACUCUUCUUCUACAGAGAACGAGGCCUGAUCUCCUCGGACAGCUUAACGCAUAAAAAACAAAAAACACUUUAUGUAAAUGACCAAAUAAUAACAAAGUAUAACGAACUGAUGUCACCAAGGCUGCUCUGCACACAGUGGAUACUCGGUGGAAAGCGGAGGACGCCCUCACGGAAACUGUUGAAAUAUGCCGUUAAGUGCAGGAAAGGAAUGGCGUCGCUCAAUCUUUCUGCACCUUAUGAGCACUUAGCAGGUUGUAUUUAGGGGCCAACCCGCUCCCCUAAGGGUUAAUAGAGAUAACCGUGUCCUAUUAAGAGCCGGAUAGCGUCCCCAUAGCCGAAGGGGUGACUGAGAUGGAAUGUAAGCUGAAGACAGAGAGCGCUUCUGUAUGUUGGAAUUAGAGGUUUGCCGUAAGUUUAGGUGAGGGACCUGCCUGUUUUAACCCUUUAUCUUUUGUUUUCACCCUAGGGAUGCUUUGUAGAAGGGGGUGUACUAAUCCUACGUUUCUCCAGCUGCUCCCCUAAUCCCUUCUCAGAAAUACCCCGGCGAUGGAAAUAGGGGGGGGGCGGUUAUAUGUUAGGGGUCCGGCUUGUUGGAUGGUAUACAAGGAAGAAGAAAGUGUAUUUGGUCGCUUCCAAGUGCCUGGAGCCGUUCCGGAUGUUCCACUGGGAGGUUAUUGAAGUAAUGAUGCACUGUAUGAACAGUUAGAUUUAUAUAUAUAUAUAUAUAUAUAUGUAUGUGUAUGUAUGUAUUUUAUUUGCAAGUGGUCUUCAAGCAGCCUUUCUUAUUUUGGAUUUUAGCCUCCAGUUCCCCCCGCCGUGUCCAUCCUUCUACUAACCCUGGGAUCUGCAUGUGUCACAAACCUCCUCAGCCGGUCGGAGGCUUAACCGCAGGCCGUUUAUCAUGCCAUGGAUGUUAUUUUAAUGUUACUUGACAGCUGCAGUAGCACAGAUAUAUAUAU